AUGUCCCCUUUUGGUUGCUGGAGCCUGCCCAUGACCCUUCUCACUCUGCUCUGCUGCCCAGGGUCUGAGAAGGCAUUCGAGGUAUACACGCAGCCGGAGAAGCUGGCGGUUGAGACCAUGGGGUCCCAGAAAGUCAACUGCAGCACCAGCUGUCCCCAGCCUAAAAUGGGUGGUCUGGAAACCAUGCUAACCAAGACUCUGCUCGACCAACAACUUCAGUGGAAGCUCUACUUGAUCUCAAACGUCUCUGAGGACACGGUCCUCUAUUGCCACUUCAACUGCUCUGGGGAACAGAAGAUGAAGGGUCUCCCCGUCAGCGUGUACAAGCUUCCAAAGAAGGUCUCGCUGAAGCUUCAGCCCACCUGGGUGACUGUGGGCAAAUCCUUCACCAUUGAGUGCAGCGUGCUGGGCGUGGAGCCUCUUGAAAACCUCACCAUCUUCCUGUUCCAUGGCAAGGAGGCCCUGCACAACCAGACCUUUGGGAGGACAACACCUGCCCCACAAGAGGUCAUGGCCACACUCAACAGCACUGCUCACAGAGAUGACAGCCUCCACAACUUCUCCUGCCAGGCUCAGCUGGACCUGCGGUCUCGCGGCGGGGACAUCUUUUACAACAUCUCGGAGCCCCAGGUUCUCGAGAUCCAUGAGCCCAUGCAGGACAGCUGGAUGGUCAUCAUCAUCACAGUCGUGUUGAUACUGCUGUUCUUGUUUGUGACAUCCAUCCUGUUCUGCUUUGCCUUCAGCCAGCACUGGUACAAGAAUCGCACAGGCAACUAUGGCGUACGAGCUGCAUGGCGGAGGCUGCAGGCCUUCCGGCCACAGCCUGCAUGAGCAGCGUGGCCACCACCAUAGUUGUUGCCUGAAUUCAGUGUGGCUCCAGAGUAGUGGGCCAGCCCUGGCAGAAGGACUGUGACAAGCAGCAGAGCAUUCUGGGGACAUUUCCUUUUCUAGCCUGAAUACAAACACCUGGACUUAACUCU